UGGCUUUGUCGGGUGCAUGAACUGUAUAACGUCCCAUCAAGAAACAAGUGCAUCAGUCCUCGGCUUAUGAGCGGCUCUAAAGUGGAGGGGGCCGUCGUUUGGUAGGUAGCCUGGAAAACAGCUGUGGACGGGUGCGCGGCGCCGCCUGGAUGACGUCAUGUUAGGAGGAUGCAAUUGUGAGUGAGUGAGUGCACUUGAGGUGGGAGAGAUGGGACUAGGAAAGUAAUGGCCAUUUUGCCCAGGUUCGAGAACUAUUAUAAGCUUUAUUCAAUAUCGAAGCUGAAAACGAGACGAAUCAGCUGGCAGGAUGGGGUGCUUCCUCAGCUGGCCUGUCCCAGCGAGAAGUGACUGCGCAUCAUUCGACCUUUCCUGCCCAUGACCUUUUCUUUGUGCCCGAGGGCUCUUUGAGGGUUGGAAGAUAGCAGUGCUUGUUUGAUUUGAACCCCGUAUCUCUCCUUUCAAAAACAAGUGCCCAUGCGACGGCAAUGUCCGCAUUUGCCAAGAGAUUGGUCGCAACAUCACACCUUCACCUUCAGACACACGUGAUGGAUACUCACCUUCACCAAGCCAACAGUGAAGCGGCUGCGGGGGCGGGGUAACUCCCUGUCCUGUUAGGGGCGAGGGCGGGGCAGCGGCUAGCGUAGCGGUUAGGGGUCCGUCGGGCAUGUUCCAGCUCCCGUCCAAGGCUCAAUUGACCGCCUCGUGUUCCAUGUUCCUGCACCGAACCCCCAGCUUAUCUCGAGUCGAGUCCAACUUUCAACCAACCUUCACCAUCCAAAACACCACCAUGGCCGCCGCCGCCGUUGUCCAAAUCCCCGCCGGGGCUACCUUCCUUGAGACCUUCAAGAAGUCCUUCGUUGAUGUCCCAAUCGAUGCCGAGAAGGGCAAUGCCAUCUCCACCGCCGAGUUCCUUGAGGCGGCCGAGUCCUUGACCACCAUGUUCGAUGUGCUCGGCUCCAUCGCCUUCUCCCCUGUCAAGAAGGAUAUGUUGGGCAACGUCGAGAAAAUUCGCAAGCGCAUGCUUGCCGCCCCCCUCGAAUCCCAGAACAUCCAGGAUCUUGUGAGGAACGAGCUCAAGACCAAAAGCCAUACCGCGACGGAGGGGUUGCUGUGGCUGGUCAGGGGUCUCGAAUUCACAUGCAUUGCUCUUAGCAUGAACAUCGGCUCUACAGAGGAGCUCGCCGACUCCUUCGGCCGGUCUUACAGUGCGACUCUCAUGCGACACCACAGCUUCCUGGUGAAGCCCAUCUUCAGCGCCGCCAUGAGAGCGUGCCCAUACCGCAAGGACUUCUACGCCAAGCUUGGUGACGACGAGCAAAAGGUUCAAGAGGAGCUUCGCAAAUACCUUGCUGCUCUCGACAAGAUCGUCAACAUUCUCAAGGGAUUCUUGGAGAGCAAGGAGGCCAAGUGGUAA